UAAAACAAAGCGCGCAAGAAUAAGAGCUUCGAAGCCGCAAUGGCAGCAGACAAGGCUGAAGACUUGGCGAUUCCGGCCGCCGCUCCCCGCGGCCGUUACAUCAACAAGAGGGCUCUUAAAAACAAGGCCGUCGCCGUCACUUUCAACGAGAAAGAUCUCAGCGACUUUGUUUCUGGGUUUCACAAGAGGAAGAAGAAGAGGAGAAAGGAAGCUGAGAAGAAGCAAGGGGAGGCUUUAAGGCGGAAGCUUCUUGAGCUCCGCAAAAAGAGGAGACUAGAAAAGGAAUUGGCUCUCUUUGGUGGAGCUCCCCCAGCUGCUGAGGGAGAAGCUGACGAGAAUGAUGAGGGAGAUGUGAGCCAGGAGGAAGAUGAAGAAAGUGAGCCAGAUGCACCAAUUUCUGGUACAACAACUUACGACAAUGGAGACAUAAAAGUCACAGUGACGACAAGCGAGAUCUCUCAGGAAGAGGAAAUACAUCCAGUUAGAAAGACAGAGGCUGUAGUGCCCGAAACAGUUGGAGCUAAUAAAAAGAACAGUGUUCCUGUGAGCAAAAAGAAACCAUUUAAAAAAGUUGGAAAGCGCAAAUCAGGGCCAAAGAUGCAAAAGAAAAGAGAUAAAAGGAAAGGAAAGGAAAAUAACUCGAAGAGGCGCUAGCUACUCUACCCUUAGCCAGUCCUUUGAAGUUUUAGGAUCUACCAUGUGUCCUUGCUUUGGAGAUCUAUGAAGUACAUGAGUUCAGCUGACCAGAACUUUCAUUUGGAUUUCAUUUUGGGUUUAACUUUGAACAAUUUAUGAGCAUUUGGAACUGGCGUUUAAGUAAGAUCAUGCUUCAGCUGUAUACUAAAAUUUUCAGUACUUGACUCUUGAAUGAAAUCAAUUCAGUGUUACAUUGUUCUGCAUAA